GAGGAGGAGGAGGAGGAGGAGUGGAGUUUGGAUGCUUUUGGUGGAGCAGAGCUGGGUUGACGUUUUCCAGUCGGUAGCGGUUCAACUUCUUUCAGCAAGUUUCUCCGAGCAACUGUUGGGAUAUCUACCGCAAAGAUGGAGCUUUCGACAACCCGGAUUUGCUUUGUACUGUUGAGCCUCUUCGCAGCACUGGUCUCAGGUUUAGAGAUCACAACCACUCAGGUGACACCCCUGGAGAAGGCCAGCGGGCAGGGUGUGAAGUUGGAUUGCCAGUUCACCGUGGGGCCAGAAGAUUCUGGACCGCUCGAUAUAGAAUGGAGUUUGCUGGCUGCUGACAACCAAAAAGAAGACAAAGUGGUGAUUCUGUACUCGGGUGACCGGGUAUACGAGGACUAUUAUGAGCCCAUGAAAGGUCGAGUCCACUUCAACACACCCGACCCGAAGAGCGGUGACGCCUCCAUCAACUUGACUGGACUGAAGUCGACAGACUCGGGCACCUAUCAGUGUAAAGUAAAGAAGGCUCCUGGGAUUGGCAGUAGGAAAAUGCAGCUGAUCGUCAUGGUGCGGCCAUCAAAACCAAGGUGUUUCACCGAAGGUACCACAGAAGAAGGCAAAAACAUUGUGCUGAGAUGCACAACUACUGAGGGAACCAAGCCUAUGCAAUACAAAUGGGAGAAAACCACUGACAACAAGCUGCUGCCUGCUUCUGCUGUGUUGGACCCUGUGGAAGGUACCAUAAAUGUGAGAAAUGUAUCUGCCAGUGCAUCUGGUACAUAUCGCUGCGUUGCCAGCAACCGUGUUGGCUCAGAAGAGUGCAUCCUCCAUCUCCAAGUGACACCACCACGUAACACUGCAGGCAUCAUCGCAGGAUCCAUUAUAGCUGUACUCUUGAUCCUGAUCCUUCUCGCCAUCAUCCUCUUCUGCUUCUGCCGUAGUCGCAAACGCAAGAAGUAUGAGAAGGAAAUCUGCAAUGAGAUCAGAGAGGACGUCCCUCCUCCGAAGAGUCGCAUUUCGAGCGCGCGCAGCUUCACCAUCGGCAGUCAGCGCUCCUCCCUAGGAUCAAUGUCGCCUUCCAACCUGCACGAAUACGCCCUGAAGCCCCAGUACGACAAGAUCCCGUCAUCUGAAGAGUAUGAUCGGCCUCCAAGUCAAGUCCCUCUGCCCCAUCCUUCUGUUCCCAGAAUGGCUGGCCCUAACCUCAGCCGCAUGGGGGCCGUCCCCGUCAUGACCCCGGCCCAGAACAGGGACGGCUCAAUCGUCUAGCGUGUUUUCUUUUGAAGAAGGGACCCUGGAACAAAGCCAGUAAAUAUUAAGCAGUGGGUGGGGAGGGAGAGGUGACUCGCACCACCUUUUGCCCUUUAUUGUUUUCAAAUGGGACGGUCCUCUAAUGAAGACAUGACUUUGCUGUGUUGAUAAUGUGAUGUACUGGAACUAGAGCACAUUAACUUUUUAUCAAAUACAAAACAAAAACACUUUUAUGCAUUUUAUGUCCUGGAUUUUCUCACAGGAAAUGAAUUGGUGUGGAUAUAAAGCAGAAUGGUCAAUAUACAAAUUAUGUUGUACAUAACUCAAUGCAUGUUUUUGGUUUUGUUUUUAACUUUGAUUUUUCUUGCUGUAGAUAUACUGUAUGUUUAAAACAGACCCAUCCCCUUCAUUGGCACCCUGCACAGCUGUAUGCAUGCUUAUGUGUAGAAACAUACAGCUGGAUGUGUGUAUAAACAGAAGGUUAUAUACAUGAAUGGGACUUUGGAAAUAUGUUGUUUCCUUUUCUUAAAAUCUUAGCUUAACUGUACCAUAACCUGUCCUGUUUUAAUAGGGUCUGGCUUUUUUUUGAUUGGAUAUAAUUUCAUGCAACAGUUUUUUGUUUUUCCUGAUUGGAAACACUUCAGUACUCUCAGAACUCUGAGCACCAACAGCUGACCUAUAUAGAGUGAUUUGACUUUCCCGCUCUGAGUUCAGGUGGGGGGGCUUAAAGGGUAAGGAUUGGGUGGUGGGGAGGGGCUGGUUUUGGCUUCCACACAUCGGGACUGGCUGGAUGACUUAAAAAGGACCAGUUUCCGUUCUCCAUCCCCACCCUGAGGCUUUUAGACAGCCUGUAUUGGCAAGUACGAUGACAGCUGGACAACAAGGUUCACUGAGCAAUCAGCUUUGAUUGUGUUUGGCUGUAUAAAGGUCUCCGCCCUCCGUGGCAAGCAGGACAAGUAGACCUCCUCAUUUACAUCCACACACACCAAACUAGCGAGACAAAAGGAGAAGCCCUGAUUUAUCUCAGUGGUGUGCAGCGUGUGUAAUCCUGCAUAUUUGUUGCUGCACUACAAGGAUGCAAAACCAUGAUUAACCUUCUCCCUGUGGCUGACAUGAAACUGAUUGGGGCUUAUGUAGUGUUCUCUGAUGCCUUAUUUUAUCCUUUAUUUUGGCCUUAUACUCGUUCCUUUGGUUGACCUUUUCUGGAUCAGAUUCUUUCGUGCCUUGUUGCUCGAGUGAAACUGUAGAAGUUGUCUCUGUGUUCUGUUCUUAAACGCAUCAUUCUUCAUGGCUAUCACUGCCUUGGGAACAGUAGCAGUCAUCACUCUAGGCAUAGGCUGGUAAAAAUAGCAUGGUGUUUACACAAUUUCAUUUAAAACUGAAAAGCAACAAUUAUUCCUGCUGCUGCAAAUCUGCUCUAACAUAUUGAUUAUUACUGGUUUAGUGCUAUUAUGGCAUUUACUUAGUAUUUAAAUUUUCAGGCGUACAAUAAAGCAAAAUUAUCCGACAACCACAUGCAAAACAUUAUUUGGCAGACUGUCUCAUUUUUUAGUUGUUCGGUUCCUCAUACACCAACACUGGGAGCAUCACCUGAGAUAAGGCUGAUAGGUGGAGCUGCUUUAGUUUCCACACCAUGACUGUCAAUUGGCAACAUCUCCAAACCCCAGAAUCAGCCUGUGUCAUGAGGGGCCUUAUUCGGCCAUCUUAACCAGCAGUGUGCAGGAACGAAUGGGGGGGAGCUAGAGAGAAAUCCAGUCACUGGCAGCUUCUCUGGCAUCUCAUUAUAAAUAAAAGCCAUUUGAAGAGUAUGACAGAGAAUUUUCAUCAGCUCUGCCAGGAAUACCAGGAACCAGCCCUUAAUCCACACUGAUUCUUUGUUGCUUUUACCUCGAUUGAAUCUAGUCUUUGAUUACAGGAUCUCAGACCUCAGCUAAAAGUGUCUGUUUUUACCUUUUUAAGCUUUAUUUCUUUGGUCGUUUUUAAAUUGAAUUACAGUAACAUUCAUUUCUUUAGUUGAUGUACUUUCUUUUAGAAAAUGAAUUGGUUCUGGUUCCAUAUAGAAGUUGCUUGUUGAAGUACCAACACUGAAUGAAUAUAACAAAGAAUAUCGUGUUUAUAUAUCUACAUGUGAUGUGACCCUGAUGAUCUAUGUGUAAAACAGGCGCAGCAGCUACUCAGCACACUGUAUAUGCUCUUUGGUAUGUUUCCUGGCUGGCUGCGCGUGUGUGUGUGUGUGUGUGUGGGGACAGGUGUGGCAGUGCCGGUGCCAAGAGGCCCCUGUUUGUGGGAUUUUGUGCUAUUUAUUCCUGAACAGCAGAAAAAACAUCUGUCAGUUGGGCUUCAGCCCUGUUCUUGGUGUGUUUUUAUGUGUGAGCUGCUGUAUUAACACUUGUUGCUAGCCAGGAUGUGGCCCUUGUAAAGAUCUGCUGGUAAGGUGUACAGCGCUCCACAAGAAGUGAUCUUGUUACUCUUCCAUGCUCAUUACUUUAAUGUUAACUACUAUUAACAAUAUUACCAGUAGCUUUGAAAUCAGUGUACUAAUACUGUAUGAAGACUGCAUUGAGGUGCACACUGUGUUCUAAUCAUAUUUUCUUUCUGUGUAUUUUUGUGCUGUAUUUUUCAAUAAUAAAAGUAAGUGAAAUGAAAA